AUGAACUGAACCAAUUCAGACAAAGAGGGUGCUCUUCAUGACCAAUGGACUAUGACCACUGAUCUCACCAGUGGCUACAUGACCGAAUAUAACCAAACAGGGUAAUGUUUAUUUGCAGGUACAUGUAAUUUACAGGUACAUGUAAUAAUAGCUGGUAGGCCUAUGCAGACUUGAGGUGCCGCUUUCGAUGUACCACCCAUUGGAUUGGUGACACCCUUUUAGCAGCUCCAUGGUGAAACUGUGGUAGAGGAAGAGCUAGGAUAGAUCCACAUAUGAAUAUAGUAUAUUAAAUAGCGUAACAAAAAACCAUGGCAUCAUGGCUGGUCAUAAUUGCUUUGGUGGUCAUCAUUGCACUAAUCAUCCAAGACAUCAUGGACCGAGUCUACAAAAACGUCACCAACAAGUACAUCCUUGUCACAGGCUGCGAUUCGGGGUUCGGUAACCUCUUGGCACGAUAUCUAGGACAGAAGAGAGGGUGUCACGUCAUCGCGGCGUGUCUGUCCGAAUCUGGGCUUGAAGCUCUAGAGAGGGAAGCCCCAAAAGGGACUGUCACUGGCAUUGUCAUGGAUGUCACAGAUACAGAGAGUAUACAGUGGGCUCGGGAUAGAGUUGCACUGAUUGUGGGUGACAAAGGUUUGUGGGGCCUUGUUAACAACGCCGGUAUAGCAGGAAUCCCAGUUCCCUAUCACUGGAUGGAAAAGCGUGAAAUACAACGAGUACUGGACGUGAACCUAAUGGGAACCAUUGAAGUGACCAAUGAAUUCUUCCCCUUGAUACGACAAGCGAAAGGGCGCAUUGUAAAUGUUUCCAGUGGUUCGGCUGUUAUGCCCAUGACCAUCGGGGGAUACAGUAUCUCUAAAAUUGGGGUGGAGGCUUUCUCGGAUGCUUUACGUGUAAGUUGCAGGGCAUUUGGUGUCACUGUUCACAUCCUUGAGCCUGGCUUCUUCCAGACCAACAUUGUAGCAAGAGAUUCUACAAUGACGUCAGUGACCAAUGCAUGGAACAGGCUACCCAAAGAGGAGAAGGCAGUGUAUGGUCCAAAGUAUCUUGAUAAGUUACUUUCAAAGGUUGAGAUGGUUCUUGACAGAUGUUCUCCGUCCUGUCAUCUAGUCACUGAUGCUAUGGAGCACGCCCUCUGUGCCCGUUGGCCAUGGCGACGCUACAUGCCUGGAAACGACAUCAAAUUUAUCUUCAAACCACUGUCUAUGAUACCUCCGUGGAUAACAGACAACAUCCUUUACUACGUGCUGUUGCAAAGGCCAGAAUGUCAUCAUUAAAAGCUCUAUUACAACUCAGGCCAAGUAGAAAAAGAAACAUGUUUAGCGUCCCCGCCCGCUUCCUUUUUACAGGCCGCCUCCUUUUUUAUUUAUUUUUUUAUU